AUGGCAACAGCAACAGCCUUAAAAGCAUUGGCGGGUGUGUCGAAAGACAUAUCGCCGUUAUAUUACAGGAUAUUGUCGAAAUUCCCUCAGAAUUUUACGUUCUGCUUCGCCUAUGGAUCUGCUGUGAAACCUCAGAUAGGCAACAAUAAAAAACAGAACAUGAUUGAUUUAAUUUACUGUGUGGACAACUCAUACCGAUGGCACGCGGCUAACAUCGAAAUAAACCCCACACACUACUCUGCACUGAAAUACCUGGGCAAAGGAUUUGUCGCAAGGUUCCAGGAAAACUGGGGAGCCAAGGUAUAUUUCAACACCCUUGUUGAAAUGAAAGAAGAGAACAUUCUCAUAAAGUAUGGGGUUGUCUCACAAAAAGAUUUAGUUGCUGAUCUUUUGGACUGGAAUGAUCUGUAUCUGGCUGGCAGGCUGCACAAACCAGUAGAGAUUAUUAAAAAAACCAAUAGCACUCAACUUCAAGCUGCUCUCCAUUCAAACUUACGCUCUGCAGUCCACACAGCACUGCUCACUUUGCCAGAGACAUUUUCUGAGUAUGACUUCUACUUUGCCAUAUCUAACCUUAGUUAUGCGGGUGAUUUCCGAAUGACAUUUGGAGAGAACAAAAACAAAGUUAGAAACAUAGUACAGCCACAAUUGUUGAGUUUUCGUGAAUUGUAUCGUCCCAUAAUACAGCAGUUUAAUGCCUAUGUGGACAUUCCAACUGGAGAUGCAAAGUGUCAUCAAGAUAUAAAUCCAGAGACAAAGUUGCAUCAUUUAAUGCAGUUGCCAAUGGUACCCCAGCAAAAAAUUGUCAAGUUUUGGAAUCAUGGUGGUUUACAACAAGACAUGGAGGAUGUCCUACGAGCAGUGGCAUAUGACAUAGACUGUGCUGUUGUUCUGCGGCAAAUACUGAGAGGCAUAGUGUGGCAGUCCAGUGUGAGGCAAUCUUUGAAGGGGAUACUUACUGCUGGUUUUCUGAAGUCUGUUCGUUACAGUGCUAAGAAAAUAGCAAAAAUGUUUUAA